CCACCCCCCUGCAGCUCCCGGCGGAAAGGGAAGCGCCGGGCGAUCCCACAGGGGCAGGGGAAGGGGCAGGGGCAGGGCCAGGGAGCCGCCGGGGGAUGGAGGCAGCGCCGGGGCGAUGGCGCGGCUGCCUCGGGCUCGUCCGGGCGCUGCUCGUGGCCGCGCUGGCGGCGGGUUCCUGCCAUGGGAAUUCCGUGGAGAGGAAGAUCUACAUCCCCCUCAACAGGACGGCCCCCUGCGUGCGGCUGCUCAACGCCACCCACCAGAUCGGCUGCCAGUCCUCCAUCAGCGGGGACACGGGGGUGAUCCAUGUGGUGGAGAAGGAGGAGGAUCUGCGCUGGGUCCUGGCUGAUGGUCCUCACCCGCCCUACAUGAUCCUGCUGGAUGGCAACCUCUUCAACAGGAAGGUGUUGCUGCAGCUCAAGGGAACCUCCCGAGUGUCGGGCCUCGCCGUGGCCGCCGCCAACCCCAGCCCUCCCCAGGGGUUCUCCCCUGGCUUGAAGUGCCCCAACGACGGGUUUGGUGUGUAUUCCAAGGAUUACGGCCCCGAGUUCGCUCACUGCAACACCACCGUGUGGAACCCCCUGGGCAGUGGCAUCUCCUACGAGGAUUUUGACUUCCCUAUUUUCCUCCUGGAAGAUGCCAACGAGACCCAAGUGAUUAAACAGUGUUACCUGGAUCACAACGUCCCCAGGGAUGGAUCUGCCCCCGAGUACCCCCUCUGUGCCAUGCAGCUCUUCUCCCACAUGCACGCAGUGACCAGCACCGUGACCUGCAUGAGGCGCAGCUCCCUCCAGAGCACCUUCAGCAUCAACCCAGAGAUUGUGUGUGAUCCUCUCCUUGACUACAACGUGUGGAGCACUUUGCAGCCCAUCAAUUCCUCUGGAAAAGUCGAUCCUGAGAAGGAAGUUAUUAUGGUUGCCACCCGAAUCGACAGCCACUCCUUCUUCUGGAACAUCGCCCCCGGAGCCGAGGGGGCCGUGUCCUCCUUCGUCACCCACCUGGCGGCGGCCGAAGCCCUUCACAAAGCCCCCGACGUCCCUCUGCUCCCCAGGAACGUCAUGUUCACCUUCUUCCAAGGGGAGACCUUUGACUACAUUGGCAGCUCCAGGAUGGUCUAUGACAUGGAACAGGACAAGUUCCCUCUGCGCUUGGACAACAUCCACUCCUUCGUGGAGUUGAAUCAGGUGGCUCUCAGGAACGGCUCCAUCCUCUGGAUGCACACGGACCCCGUCUCGCGGAUGAACCAGUCUGUGGAGGUGCAGGUCAGAAACCUGCUGGACACCCUGAGCAGGAGCAGCGUGGGCUCGGCCGUGACCCUGCAGGAAGCCGGAUUUUCCCAACCCCUCCCUCCAUCCUCCUUCCAGCGCUUCCUCCGGGCUCGCCACAUCCCUGGAGUGGUCCUGACUGACCACAGGACAGCUUUCCACAACAGAUACUACCAGAGCAUGUAUGACACUCCAGAGAACAUCAGGGUGCAGUAUCCCGAGGGGCUGAGCCCUGAGGAGACCUUGGAAUAUGUCACGGACACAGCCAAGGCCCUGGCAGAAGUGGCCACCGUGGUGGCCCGAGCCCUUUAUGGCCUGGCUGGAGGAACCAACAGCACCUCUGCCAUCCAGGCUGAUCCCAAAACGGUCACCCGGAUGCUUUACGGCUUCCUGAUCAAAAUGAACAAUUCCUGGUUUCAAUCCAUCAUCAAACCAGACCUCAAAGGAAUUCUGGGGGAUGUUCCCCAGCACUACGUGGCGGUUUCCAACCCCGUGAACACGACCUUACUGGUGCAGUACGUCCUGGCCAACCUGACGGGCACCGUGGUCAACCUCACCAAGGAGGAGUGUCUGAACCCCGAGAAAAACCCCCACUCUGAGAGGGAGAUGUUCGAGUACUCGUGGGUGCAGGGUCCCCUGGAGCCCAACUCCACGGCGCGGGUGCCGCUGUGCGUGCGCUCCGGGGUGCGGCUCAGCAAGGCGCUGUCCCCAGCCUUCGAGCUGCGCCAGUGGGGAUCCCGGGAAUAUUCCACCUGGACAGAGAGCCGCUGGAAGGACAUCCGGGCCCGCAUCUUCCUGGUGGCCAGCAGGGAGCUGGAGAUACUCACCCUGGUGCUGGGAAUCGCCAUCCUGGUCCUGUCCCUCCUCGCCACCUACUUCAUCAACGCCAAGGCCGACGUGCUGUUCAGCCUCCCGCGGGAUCCCGGAGCCGUGGCCUACUGAGGGGCUGGAAAACUGCUGCAUC